GAUGACUGGCCCGUUUCCUUUUACCCCCGCAGGUGCCUAGCUGUAUAGCAGUUUUCUCCGUCAUUCUCGCUUAGUCCUCCCUUGUCCUCUUAAGCGUGCUAGCGAAGGGGAAGGGACAGUCAGUAGCUCAAGCCAAAAUCUGGGUGUUUUCCCCCUGGCCGGGUAAAGGCAAAGACGAGGAAGAAUUAUCGCCCCUGACUUGGAAUACGAAUUCCUUUGGUCUAGAAAUAGGCUCGUCUGUUGCAUUAAAAGCAACAGCAACUGGACAAAGAGUCUAGAGGCAGUUUAAAGGCAGACCAGUUUGUGGUGACAUGCACUUAUGUGCGCGAGAGCCCAUUUCAUAAGAUGCAUGAAAGUGUGUCUUCAGUACAAAACUACGCAUAUGUAUAUGGGGAUGUAUGUGUGAAAGGAAACUGAACUGUGGAAUGCGUUUGUCUUGUAUGUGCUUGAGUAGAAGCGUCGCAUACUAUACUUCUUCCAUUCUAUAGCUUUUAAAAACCAUUUUUCAGGAUUUCUCCCUUUCCCACUUUGUAAAACGCUGUUCUUCCCACAAUGGACAGUUCUGGGUCUGACUUGGGAGAAGGUGGUGGGCAGACCACCUUUCGAAACCCCAGUGGUGAAGAUAAAAGGCAGUGGCAGCAGGAGCGCCUUAACAGGGAAGAAGCCUAUUACCAAUUUAUUAAUGAACUCAGUUACGAAGACUACAGGUUAAUGAGAGAUUGCAACAUCCUUGGGACUCCAGGAGAAAUAACAGCAGAUGAGCUGCAGCAACGCUUGCAAGGUGCAAAGGAGCAUCUGGUAUCCCGAGAUGAUUCAGAAAAUACAGAAGGAGAUGCAGUUAGAUAUUCCGAGAUUCUUGGGCUAAACCCAGCCAAUGUUUCCCUGCCAGAAUGGCAGAGUAUGUUCCAUCGUGCGGGAAAUUCCACCCGCAGUAGCGAACAGAGGGGGAACCAACCUUGGAGAGCUGUGAGCCGGGUGACCCCAACUAAUGGAGGAUUCCGGUUUAGUCUCGAAAUAAAUAUAGAUCAUGAAUAUAAUGGUGGGGAUAGUCCCACUGAAGAAUUUGAUGGCAUCUCACAUGGCUACAUGGUCAGAAGCCAUGCAGAAAACACAUCUCCAGUAGCAGAUAGCCCAAUAGCCAGCCGAACUAGGAGCAGGGUAGUGAGAGAGACAUUUAGCCAUGCACUUGCCUCCUCUGAAAGUGGUAGCAUAAGUGAUUCAGUGGCACAAAGUGGUGAAGAGACACCUCGACUUUUCUUAGGCAGACACAGCAGUAGAAACAGCAGCUUAGCAACACACACCUUUUUAGAUGACAAUGAACACAACAUUAUUAGACAGAGGAGAGUACAAAGAGUUACAUCAGUGAGACUUCACAGCAGGAGAGCCAGAGCUAGAAACUGGAGGAGGGCAAGACAAAGAUCAGAAGCAUUGAGGAGUCAGAGCCAGACCCUGUUGGAAGGACAGCAACAUAGGGAUACUCAGGAAACCCAAAGAAGGUCUAGAAGGAUGCAUACAGUCCAUUCUCCCCCACAACAAGGUGAAAUGCAAGUGCCGUCACUGGAUAUAAUUGUGGAAGAGGAGGAAUCUGGGAGAUCCACAACCAUACUUAGAAGACAUCCUGCUAUUACAUUAGAUCUUCAGGUAAGAAGAAUUCCUCCUGGAGCAUACAGAGACCGUCAAAGGAUUGGUAUAAGAACUCUCUCAGGAGCAGGCAUGGCAGAAAACUUGGUUGCUUCUGAAAGUAAUAGUGAGGGUUUUCAUUGGACCGUUUUACAACCUGAGCACACAGGCAUGCAAACUUAUGGUAGUGCCAUACCUCCUCACAGAAUAUCAGAAACUGGGCUUAGGGAGUCUUCAUCGGUGGCUGUUGGAUCAGUCAUAAGGCAAAUUAUGACUGAGUUAGGAGAACUAAGUUCAUUAAUAGACAUAGAUAAUGAAAUUCGGAGGAGUGUUCGGCACUUAUCAGAGAUGCAGUCAGAGCUGUCUGACUUGCAAAAUCUAAGCAGUAUUGGUGAAUUCAGAGACGCAUCACUUGAAAGCAGUCCUGCUGAACAUGAUAGGAGGGAAUGGCAAGGAGAGACCAGUGCUGUGCAGGAUGGCCAUCAUGGUGAUGGAGCUCAAGAUAACAGUCAGUUUCAAGACACAAGCAAUUUAACUGGAAAUGGGACACUUUCCAUUCUUCGACUUAUGCCUGAUCUUUUGUUAGAUAACUAUACCAAUGACCGCUUGAGAGGAUUAACCAAAGACCAAAUGGACAGUCUCUCCACUCGCAGUUAUGGGACCACCAUUGCAGAGGAAAGUGAAAGAAGUAUGACCUGUAGUGUAUGCAUUAAUGACUAUGUGGUGGGAAGCAAGCUAAGGCAGUUACCAUGCAAGCAUGAAUUCCAUUUUCAUUGUAUUGAUCGUUGGCUUUCUGAAAAUUCCACUUGUCCGAUCUGUCGGCAAUCUGUAGUAAACUAAUAGACAGUGAAGUCUUCAAAUUCUUGACCCCUCUGAGUCUUGAAAGCUGGCUGAUAUUUGUGUACCAUGAAUAAGGGGAAGGGAAUUGAUGUUUACAACUGGAGAAAAUCUGAAUAUAGGGAAUGAACAAGUCUCAUUUUCUGGGUAAGGGUAAAUGUCAUUCUAAUAAACUUCAUAAAAUUAGAAUAAAACAGAAAUGUAAUACCUUGUGCUGUUGAGAACUUGAUCUUGUUUCGUUUAUUCAGUUUGUUUCAUGCAGUUAUCAAAUAGUAUUUCAUUUAGGUUGCGAACACCAUCUGUUACAAAAGUCUUCCUGGCUGUCUUCCAGGAUACUUGGCAGAAGCUACUUAAGUGUUUUAAUAUGUGGUGCAUAUUUAUGGAUAUCAUUAACAUUAUGCGCAUUUGAGUUUAUUUUAUAGGCAGUUUUUGCAUGUUCUGCCAUUUCCUAUUUCUGUGUUGACUUUCAAACAUUAAUUACAGAAUGUUCAGGGUGUUUGAUAUAUAUUACAACCAGUUCCCAUUACUUGGGUUUUUAACAACAGCUAAAGGUUAAAACUGCCAAGGAUAAGCAACCUACUUACAGCCUGCAUGAAGAAUUUUUGCCUGCAAUUUUAUCAGUUUACUGUAAAACUGUCACAGAUGCAUAAAACUUGUAGUAACAUUGGUCAAUCUCAAAGGAAGAAUUUCCUGGCCAUCAAAUGCUAUCAACUGUUAAGAUAAAAUGUACAUCAGUUGCUGAGUAUUAAGCACAGUUGUAUACCUGGACCUUAAGGUUUAUAUUAAUACCUGAAUAAAACUGCAGAAACAGAGA